UAAUCAACACUGACGCAUGAUUAAAAAACUCUGCAUUUGGAAUUGCAGAAACUUUGUUUAUAUCAAAACAAAGGGCUGAAUCCGUAGCUGAUUGGCCAGCAAGCAGCCAUGUCUAUAGAUUCCAACCCGAUCCCAGAGCAGUGCAGCAAGUGCGGCAAGGCCAGUGCAAAGGAACAGCCCUGCCAGCCUCCGGAGACUGCCACCAACGCUGACAGCGGCGAUGCCGAGGCACUGUGCGGGGCCUGUGCGUCUGCCAAACAGGGGAUAACUAAAGAAAACCCAAUCAAAUCAGAAACUGAAAAUAAUGCUCUAGUGGAUGCACCCGUUGCCGAACCAGUGCCAACAACAGAAGAGCCGGAAAACCCACCGAUAUCAGAACCCAGCCAGCCAGAGGAGAGCGUGCAGGAGGCCACGACGCUCGCCAAAGCUGCGGAACCAGAGGCGGCCAAGCCACAAAGCAGCCAUGAGCAACCUGUCAAAAUUGUUGUGAAGCCACCCGAAACCCCAGCAGCACCAGCACCAGCCUCAGCAGCCCCAGCAAAAGGGGCGAGCGCCAAAGGCACGCCAGCCGAGACCGAAGGAAGUGAGAAGAUCAAGGAAGAGGCGGUGGUUCAAGCCGCGCCAGAGGCCACAACUUCUCGGGCCACGAAACGCGGCGGCAAGAUCACGAGGAGCAGCAUCAAUGGAACGUCAGCGGCCGCAACUCCCGGAAAUCAGACGCCCACAAUAAUGAAGCGCCUGCGCAAGAGUACGCGGGCCACUCGCUUCAAGGCGAAGCUGACGGGACGCUCGGGCGUCGGAGAGAAUGGCGGACAGGCCAAUGGCUACAAUGGCAAUCCCAAUGGACCAGGCUCCACCGCUCAUUCGUACGGAGCCGGAUCGCAUGCGGGCAACAGCAAGGCGCAUGCCAAAGCUGGCGCUGGCAGCGCCGGCGGCGCACAAGGUGCCAGAAAUCGGCGAGCCAUCUUCAAGCGGCCCGCCCAGAAGACGCCCAAGGUGCAGGCGUGCACCAAAUUCGUGAAGAGUGUGUUCUACAAGGGCAGCUACAUGCAGAUCGGUGACAUUGUGAGCAUUGUCGAUGGCCAGCAGAAGCUGUACUACGCCCAGAUCCGCGGUCUACUGAUUGACGCCUACUGCGAGAAGUCUGCCUUCCUCACCUGGCUAAUACCCACGCAGGACAGUCCCGAUCCACAGGACUGCUUCGAUCCGGCCACCUACCUAAUCGGGCCCGACGAGGAGCUCUCGCGCAAGCUCUGCUUCCUGGAGUUUGUGAUGCAUGCGCCGAGUAACUACUACUACGACCGCAGCACGCCGUUCCCCUUGCCGGACAUCGACGAGUACACGGGACAGCGGUCUGGUGGCUAUAUCUGGACGCGGCUGCCGGUGGUCAAGCGCGACCGAAGCGAUACCCGCGCCCGGGAGCCGGGAAACAAGGGUGCUACCUCCUAGCAGGGCCGUAAGCGACAGGCGCCCAAGAAGAAAAGGAAAAAAUCGGCAGCCCAACGAAAGGUUGGCUAAAAGUGCGGAGGGGAACCUAAAUGCAACAUUUUUAUAAACUAAUUUAUUGAGAGAAAUAUAUCUGCAAAUCUUUG